UAUACGAGUCUACUGCAUUUAAAUACUGUUAAAGCUAACCACCGGGAACGCCCGACCUUCAUCGUCAACUGAAGUGCCACUCACCAGUUUCUUCCUCCCAUGACUUCCAGGCGAUUGAGAGCUUUCAAGCGAUGGAUGGCAUCCCAAGGCAUUCAAUACACCGACGCUCUCGAAUUCACGGAUAGCUGCGGCGAUGGAAUUGCCGUCGAAGCCUUGUGCGAUUUGCAGGAAGGGGAUGUUGUUGCAACCAUUCCUAAACUUGCUUGCCUCACCGUCAAGACCAGCAGUGCCUGUCCGAUCAUAGAAGAAGCCGGUUUGGGUGGCUAUUUGGGGCUUUCGGUCGCUCUUAUGUAUGAGAGAAGUUUAGGGGAGAACUCUAAUUGGGCUGGCUAUCUCCAGCUUCUGCCCAACAAAGAGUUAUUACCCUUGCUCUGGUCUCUGGAAGAUGUGGACCAGUUUCUUUGUGGAACUGAGCUACACAAGACGGUGAAAGAAGACAAGACCCUUAUGUUUGAGGACUGGAAAGAGAAUAUCGUGCCUCUUAUGAUGUCUGCACCUUUGAUGUUCAGUCCAGAAUUUUUUGGCGUUGAACAAUAUUUUUCUGUGAGGAGCCUCAUUUCUUCUAGAUCUUUCGAGAUUGAUGACUUUCAUGGGUUUGGGAUGGUCCCUUUGGCAGAUCUGUUUAACCACAAGACGAACGCUGAGGAUGUACACUUUACCUUGGUGUCUUCUGAUGUCGAGGACCUAAACGAUGUACAUCCAUAUGACGAGGAGUCCAAAUGCUGGAAUUCUCCUCCGGACAAAGAAGAACCAGAUUCUCUUCUAACUGAGCUAAACAAUGCAUAUGAUACUGACUCAAACUCUUCGGAACUCGGAGGUGAUCCCACCACGCUUGAGAUGAUCAUGGUGAAGAAUGUCAAAGCUGGCAAUGAGGUGUUCAAUACAUAUGGUUUGCUGGGUAACGCUGCUUUGCUACACAGAUACGGAUUUACGGAAGCAAAUAAUCCCUACGAUAUCGUUAACAUUGAUUUGAAUCUGGUUAUUGAUUGGAGUUCAUCUCGAUUUUCGAGGCGAUACAGUAGAGCAAGAGUAUCACUAUGGAGAAAGUUGGAGUACCGUGGUUGUGGCAAUGAAGACACUGAAUAUUUUGAGAUAUCAUACGAUGGGGAACCACAAACUGAACUACUGAUAUUAAUUUACAUAAUGUUGCUACCAGAGGUUGCAUUUAAUCACCUUGAUAUGACUACAUCAUUAUCAGGGAAUUAUAGUGGCGUUAUGCUGUAUCAAAAAGGAAACACCAUCUGGGUUGAAGAUUCAAAACUUACCCGGGAUGUAUUGUUGACUAAAGAUGUUCGUAGAGCUCUCGUGUCGCUUGCAGAUAUGCGGGAAAGCUUAUACGGUUCAAGAUGUUUAGAAAAAGACGUGGAGAUGGUAUGUGGCGUACAAGAUAGGAAGUUAUAUCAUUCUUGGAUGCUAUGUGAGAGCGAGAGGAUGAUUCUGAAGAAACUCAGAGCUUAUGCCGCUGUGGCUGGUCAGUCGUCGAGAACUGGAAGGCCAUCGUCUCUGAGGAAGCACAGAUGAACAAGUAAUUUCAUAAUUUAUGAGCUCAUUCAUCUUCAAAUUUCACUCUCGAUUAUUUUUGUUGCUUCACUUGAAUCAUCUUCAAAUUUCUUCUUGUUUCUCCAUCUCUACUCCUAACAUUUGUUAUUUUGAGGAGUUUGUCACCAAGGGAUACUUUAGAAGAGUUCAUUGUUUCAAAUAUUGCACUUC